GAGUCAAGCGCGCUUCUUGCAGUCGCGCGCGCGCGCGACACGUUCGGUCAGCUGAGUUCCGCGAGCCGCGCGAGUCGAAAAAGCACGAGGAUUUUAUUUCGAGGCGAUACGAUCCACUAAUCUGCGCUGUGCAAACGCCAAGUAUAUAUCCGAUAUCUAUCCAGCGAAAACUAUCUGCGGCCGACGAGAACGCUCCCGCGAUUAAUCGCCGUUUCGGGAGGGAAUCAGUUUUCAGCGCGAUCUUCGGCUGCUCUCAGAAUGAAGCUCGGCCACACGAUCGACGACUCGCGCGGCAAGCAUCCGGAGCUGACGAACGAGCUGCUGGAGGUCCUGCGAAACUGGGCGAAGGAGCGCGGCCUGUCGCGGAUUCCCGACGAGCAACUGGCGUUGUUCGCGCACAGCUGUUACUUCAACCUGGAUGCCACGAGACGGUGCAUGGACGUUUACUACAGGAUGAGGACCACCGUCCCGGAAUUUUUCAGCGACAGGGACUCGAGGCUCGAGUAUUUGCAGCAUUCACUGAGAGCCUUGGAGUUCACGGCGCUGCCGAGACCGGACCGUAACGGCCAUCGAAUAAUUUUUCACCGGCUGGCGGACACCCGAGCGUCCCAGUACAUGUUCAACGACGGCAUCAAGCUGCUGCUGAUGUCCAUCGACGCGGACCUCUACACGGAGGGCUGCUCGCCGGGAUACGUGUUUCUCUUCGACAUGCACGGCGUGGGUCUCGGCCACUUGACGAGGCUGUCGAUAAACAGUAUCAGGAGAUACUUCGAGUAUAUUCAGGAGGGCAUGCCGGUCAGGCUCAAGGCCAUUCACAUAGUGAACGUGGUCUGGUUCAUGGACAAGAUCCUCGCGCUCAUCAGGCCCUUCAUGAAGCGAGAGCUCUACGACAUGCUUCACCUUUACACCGGUGACGUCUCCGACGUGUAUCCACAUAUACCGCCUGAAUGCCUGCCGAAGGACUUUGGUGGGGAAUUGGAUUGCGUCGCGAGCCUUCACAGUGAGUACACACAUUGUGCAAUGAGAGUGUGCACAGUUAAUUCCUCAAACAUCCGCUUGGUAAGACGCUUCACCUCACUCGCGUCUGGCGUAUGUCUGCAUCUCAAUUGAUAUUUUAUCGAACUUACUGAAGCAAAGAACGCAGCAUUUUUUCAAUAAAUCGCAUUGCACGAAGCUGGACCAGUUGCGGGACUAUUUUGCCGAGGAGGAAGAUCUGUUUCGCAAUUAUGCACCCAACAAAGCGAGAGUAUCGAACGGUCAACGAAUUACGCAAGAUGCUGCCAAUGAUUCGGGGAG